GUUAAGGGUAACUUUCUUUUCAGUAGUCCAAUAAUUAUGGUUAUAACAUUGACAUAUUAUUUGGACGGUUCUAUAAAAAUGGCAAAACGUCCCUAACUUUUAAUUAUUUAGUUAUAUUUAAUAAAUAUAAAAAAUAUAAUGAAUUAUUAUGUAACAAAUAUCAGGAAUACGAGAUGUUGAAUUCGUUCUACCAGAUAUCUAUUAAUGGUUAUAUACAAUUGAAAUAACAUUCUAAAAAUGAAGUUUGAAUCAAUAAUAAAAUGUAUGUUGAGGGUAUGUUGCCACCCUCAAAUUGAUUCGUUAAUAUAACGAUUAUUUUUGCCUAUCGGGAAACUACCGAAAAAAAUUAAAAUAGAAUCAAGUUUUUUUACAGAUUAAAAGCGUUUUGUGAACCCCCUUAUUUAGUUGAGCCCUCUACGUUAUCAGGGUCUCUAAAAGUAGACCUCAAAAAUGUCACCGGUUCUCGUAUUUAUAACUGUUACUGUAAUAUUUGAACGUCGUUUAGACAAUCGUACAUCACUGUUAUUGUGUAAGUACUGUCAAAUUUUGCAAAUGGCAGUUAAAAUGACUGUUCUCAUUUUUUUUUUAAAUUUGUGUUAAUUAUUGGUAAAGUGUGUGUUGGUUUGUGAUCUUUAUUAAUGGGUACAUAAUUAAAAACGUAUUUUCCUAUUUGACCUGAGUUCCUAUAUCGUACCGACAGUAUAAACGUCAUUUACUUUAUGAUCAUUGGCGCGAUUCGAAAGUCAUCACAAUUGUCAUUUACGAGAAAAACGAAGAAAAGCAGUAGAGGCCAUAGAGAGGGAAAAAAAAGAAGAUGAAUAAUGGCCGAGUUUGACGUUUAAUAAAUAAAUUGUUAGUAUAUUAUAUAUAAUAACGAAAUGUCUGGUAAAAAUUUUGAUAAUAUACUAUUCGAAAUGCUGAAAGAAUGCAGAACCCUGCCCAAUUUUUUGGAUAAUAUAUUUGGAUUUUUACAAAGAAGAACAGAUUUUUAUCAUAUCGCAAAAGAUGAACAUGCUAGUAUUGGUUUACCAGAUGGACUUGCGGAAAAAUUAGUGAGGCAUACGUUUUUAAAAUUCAAGCCAGACAAGAAAUAUACUUCAAACGAUAUACCCGUAUCUAAAGAGGAAGUUGUUGCAGAAAGCUCUAUAGAUAUAGAUGAAGUUACAUCUACGACUACAGAAGAAUCGACAGAGCUUACUUUUACAAAAUCUGAUUAUUACAAUGGAGGUAUCUUUAAUAAUUAUUGUUGGUCGCAAACAAUAAAGGAAGUAGAUGUUACAGUGAAGGUACCGCAAAAUAUCAAUAGGAAACAUUUGAUGGUUAGUAUACUACCGACUAGUAUAUCAGUACAGUCAAAAAAUGAAGAUUAUUUGCUAAAAGGUGAGCUUUGUGAAAAAUGUAAAGCUAACGAUACUGUCUGGUCUUUAGAUGGACAAAAAUUACAAAUACAUUUGGAGAAAUGUCGAGAAAAAUGGUGGACUUGUUUAGUGAAAGGAGAAACUGAAUUAGACAUAUCAAAAAUAGACUGUUCCAGACCUUAUGAAGAUCUGUCUGAAGAAGAACAAGCGAAAAUUGAAGAAUUAAAGUGGAAUCAAGAAAGAAAACGACUAGGAUUACCGACUUCUGAAGAAUUGAAACUUCAUGACACUCUGAAGAAAUCUUGGGAUGCCACUGGUUCACCAUUUAGAGGACCUUUUGAUCCAAACAAUGUUAAAUUGAACUGAAAAAUUUCAAGUGUGCGAUAGAUAUUGUUUGUUUUUUUUUGUAAAGAUUGUAAACAUUUUUUAAAGUAUAAAAGAUUCUUAUCUAUAAUAGUUGGAUGAAAAUUGAUAAAAUUUGAAAAUUUCCAGACAAGAUUGAAUUUUUAUGGCUUUUUUUUUGUUUAUCAAUCACUACAUGGUUUUAUUCAUAUUUUAGUAAUGUAUCUUGUAUCUAUUCAAUGGAAAACCUGUUUUUUAUGAAAACUGUCUUUGAAAGGUUGGUACAACUUCAUCCAUUUGUGUCUACAUAUUAUUUUUUUUCUUUUAAAUUACAGGUUCAUUAAUUGUUUAUACUUUUUAUAUAUGUAAGUGUGGGAAACCGAAUAGAUUAAAUUUAUUGUUUUUGAGGUACCUAGCGAACAUAAUUAUAAAGAAUAAUGGAAUAUGUCAAAUUUUAAUUAUAAAUUGAAUUUCCUCAAUGUGUAAAUGUAAUUCCUACCUGGUGACAGUAAGUGACAUAUUUCUUAAAAUUAGGUAGAUCUUAGUAAACCAACAAUGUUAAUUUAAAAUUAUAGUAUUUGAAAUAAAGAUAAAGAUCAUUUUACAUUUAUUAUAAUAUAUACUAUUACUUUGUUAUAUAAUCUAUGUAUAUAAUUAGGAUUUAAUGUUCAAUAUAGUAAUCUCAUUAAUUAUAUAUCUGCUAUGACAUUUUACUUUAGCCAUAAUUAUCAUAUUUGUGUAGUAGAUUUGAAAGAAAAAUUGAAAUUUUAUAAAGAAGUAAUGCGAGUGUAAGAAACUAUAAAAAUAUAUAAUUAUGGUUAUAGUAGAAUGUCAUAAAUAGGUAUCUAAAUAAUGAAGUAACACAUGUUUAUAAUAAAUGUAAAAUAAGAAUAACAUUUGGUUUUCUAAACUUUCUACAUCCUAUCAUCAGGUAGAAAUCUCAUCCAUUAAGAAAGUCAAUUUAUAAUUUGAAUUUGAUGAGUUUCAGGAUUUUCUAUAAUUAUUGUAGAUUGACUGAAAUAAUAAAUUCUAAUCCAUUCAGUCUCCCCACACUAUAUGAUUUGUAUGUUUAUAAUUUGUAAAUUAUGUUAUAAAUAUUAAGAAAAGAAAAUUUACUAUAAAAA